UUGGCGCUGCCCUCCUGUGAGGAGACUCUUCUGGAACCAUCAGUCCUCAAUCCUUGUUGCACCCGGACAAAAUACAGUGACGGACCAUGGACGCAGGUGUAGAAAACAACGUGAAGGCCAUGAGAAGAAGCAAAGAGGAGAAGAAAGUUCUCCGAAAACAAAUCAAAACGAGUUACACUUUGCUGAAACAUGAAGGCAUCAGCACGACGCCACAGCCCAACAAGAGUUUGGUGGUGGCUAACGGCGGCCUGGGCAACGGCGUCAGUCGAGAGGAGCUUUCCACUGCUCUGAAGGAGAUGGGGGAGGUGGAGUCCCUGAUGAUGCCUCCGCACAAGCCGUAUGCUUUUGUCACAUACAGGUCUGAGGAGAGUGCUCGCAAAGCCGUCGUCCACCUUAACGGACACAAGCUGCAUUGUGGAGACAACGGUGUCACACUCUACCUCGGUUAUGUCAACUCAGUGGCCUGUGAGGAGGAGAAGGCUGCUCCUUUGCCUGAGGGAUUAGUCUUAGUGGAAGAUUUUGUGUCUCCAGAGGAAGAGGCUCUGUUGCUCGCUGCUAUAGACUGGUCAUCCACAAAUGAUGAUGUCACUGCUCAAAAAGCUCUGAAGCACAGAAGAGUCAAACAUUAUGGUUUUGAAUUUCGCUACGACAACAACAACGUGGAUAAGGACAAUCCAUUACCUGCAGGUCUUCCUGAGGAGUGUCUGCCUGUUCUGGAGCGCUGUGUGAGGAACGGACACAUCAACAUCAUGCCGGACCAACUGACCAUCAACCAGUAUGAGUCUGGACAAGGCAUCCCUCCUCAUGUGGACACUCACUCUGCCUUUGAGGACACCAUCCUGUCUCUGAGCCUCGGGGCAAAGACGGUGAUGGAGUUCCGUCAUCCUGAUGGUCGUCUUGUUCCUGUGGUAUUGCCCGGACAGAGCCUCCUGGUGAUGAAGGGCGAGAGCAGAUACCUCUGGACCCACGGGAUCACACCUCGGAAGUUUGACAUGGUGCCAGUCUGCGACCCACAAUCCUCUGCUCAUUCAGCGUCUGACAUCGGGAGCAACAGCAACCUUACAUUAAGCAAAAGGGGCACCCGCACUUCCUUCACUUUCCGCAAGAUCAGACAUGAACCGUGCCGCUGUGCCUUUCCCUCGACCUGUGACAGUCGGGGAGCUCUCUCGACACCCUCGCCUUCUCCGCCGACUGCCCCUUCCCUUCCCUGUUGCCAUGCCGACGCAACCCGUCUGGAGGAGGUGUACGUGCACCGGGUGUACGACGCCAUCGCCUCCCACUUCAGCAGCACUCGCUACUCCCCCUGGCCUCGUGUUUGCCACUUCCUGUCCUCGCUCCCGCCCGGCAGCGUGCUGGCUGAUGUGGGCUGUGGAAAUGGAAAAUACCUGGGUGUUAACCCGGAGGUGAUAGCAGUUGGCUCUGACCGCAGCAGUGCCCUGGUCCAGAUCUGUGCAGAGAGAGGUUUUCAGGCGUUUGUAUCUGACGCUCUCAGUGUCCCUCUGCGAACGGCCUCCUGUGAUGCCUGCAUCUCCAUCGCCGUCAUCCACCACUUUUCCACACAGGAACGUCGGCUGGCAGCAGUGAGGGAGCUGGUGAGACUUCUGAAGCCUGGAGGUCGAGCACUCAUCUACGUUUGGGCUUUCGAACAAGAGCACAACAAGCAGAGGUCAAAGUACCUCAAAGAUCAGAACAUAGGGCAACCAGGGAACCUCAGCCCAGUCAACAACACAGCAGAAGACAGACAGGAGCCUUGUGUAGAAGAGAGAGAGAGACCUGUUGACAGCAUGCAAGAUGUUAGCAAAGUGACUGAUGGCAAACUUAGUGUUCACACCAACCGCACAGCCUUCAACACCCAGGAUCUUUUGGUUCCCUGGCAUCUGAAAGAGGGGAAGAGACGAGGGGAAGAAGAAUCCAGAAAGGAUGGGAAGCAAAACAAAAAGAAGGAGAUGUCCAGAAAGACUCCAGGUGACUUUUGUUCACCCUCAAGUUUGAGUUCCAAGCCCAAAUCAGACUCUAACAGUGCACCAAGCCCAGGUCCUGACACCAAUAUGUCCUCUGGAUCGGGUCCUGACACCAGCGAUGCCAGUCACGGCCCUGACUCUGAACCUAGCCUGAGUGGUGACACCACACAGACAUCCAGUUCACCUCUGAAGCCUGAGUCCGAGAGCGGCCCAGCACCCGUCUUCCACCGCUAUUACCACGUUUUCCAGCAGGGGGAGCUUGAGCAGAUGUGUGGUCAAGUGGCUGGAGUCAAGGUGCAGAGAAGCUACCACGAUCAGGGCAACUGGUGCGUUAUAUUAGAGAAAGCCUGAGGGAGAUGCAGUGACUGACACUUGCAUCAUUUAACAAUACAUGAACUCUACAAUGAACCGCAUAAAUUAAUAAAUUGUAAAAACAUCUGUUUUAAUUGUAACAAGAAGAAUUAGGAGGAAAGUGCUGCAAAAUAAAUGCAAUGAUUUUA